AUGGUUGAUCGAGGUGGUUUGAUAUCUGUCUCAAACUUGCUUCUAUGGGAGGAAGAUAGGGCGUGGGAAAUACCCUGGAGUUUCGGCAUCGAGCAUGAGAGCUCGAUUCAAGUGAAAAGUGGAAGAGGGUCAUCAUUGUGGGACAAAAAUGUUCCUUUUAAUGUUUUAGCGGAUGAGGUUGUUCAAUCUACUUCUGACAUGAGUCGUAUUGAGGAAGUCGGAGAUGUUGGUAUAGACCAGUUUAUGCAGGUGUUGGGCUUUCGCCUAGCUAGCAUCGGGCGAAGUCAAGAGAAAAGGCAUAGAAAGGUGUUACAGAGUGCUGCGGAGAGUACCGAUUUAAAGGGGCAGCUAGAAACAAAAGAAACUAUGCUAUCUGAGCUGAAGAAAGAGCAUUCUAUUACGAAGGAGAAAUUGAAACUUGAAAAGGAAGAGCAUGAGAGCGCAAAAGAAUCAUUAGGGAAGAAGGAAAGUGAGCUAACUACCAUAAAUGAGCGAAUUGUGGAGGUAACACUGCAAUUGAAACAGAUCGAGUCAAGCCGAGAAGCUGAUAUCCUUGAUGCCUUCGCAGAAGGUUUUGAGUGUUCCGUCAUCCAAGGAAAGUUUCUGUGUCCUGGAGGUGAAUUUACUGCUAUAGACCCGAGCAAAAUAGUUCGAAACGGUCAAUUGGUUGAUGAUGAGGAGGUGGCAGAAGAAGGCGAUGACAACUUGGCCGACUAA